GACCAGCUGCUCCGGGAGAAAAGCCAGCAGCAUGACGAGACCUACUACCUGUGGGCCAUGGCCUUCUUCAUGGCCUUCAACCGCGGCCGGCGCUUCCGGCCCGAGCUGGUGUCCGAGACGGUCAGCGUCCGCGCCUUCCACUUCAUCGAGCAGAACCUCACCGCCUACUACGAGGCCAUGCUCCUGGACAAGAAGGAGGCCACGUCGUGGGCCAGGCGAAUGCACCUGGCCCUGAAGGCCUACCGGGAGCUGCUGACCACGGUGCAGGAGAUGGAUCGCUCCCCGGACGAGGCCGUGCGGGAAUGCAGCAAGAUCAUUAAGAAUAACAUCUUCUACCUGAUGGAGUACCGGGAGCUCUUCCUCGCUCUCUUCCGCAAGUUCGAGGAGAGCCGCCAGCCCCGCUGCUUCCUGCGGGACCUGGUGGAGACCACCCACCUCUUCCUCAAGAUGCUGGAGGCCUUCUGCCGAGGCAGGAACAACCUGGUGGUGCAGAGCAAAAGGGUGAGGAGGAAGAAGCAGCCCCGGGCCAGCCGGGCGGCGCCCCCCGCACAGCCCCGCGCCCCCCAGGAGCUGGAGGAGCUGUGGCCCAGCCUGGCGGAGCAGCUCGGCGCCUGCGCCCAGGGGGCUGAGCCCCUCCCGGAAGACGUGGUCCCCUUCGACGCUGCCUCGGAGACCCCGGUGGAGGAGCAGCGAGCGGAGGCCAUGGUGCGCAUCCAGGACAACCUGCUGGGCCGCCGGGCGCCGGCCGCCCUGACCCUGCUCCGCUCCGCCAGGGAGGUGUGGCCCGAACAGGACGUGUUCGGCUCCCCGCAGGCGGCCCUGGACGAGGAGAUCCAGCUGCUGAGACAGAUUCUCUUCGCUUCUCUUCCUCGGCAAGCGGCGCCCGAGGUCGAGGAGCCGGGGGAGGAGGAGGAGGAGGAGGAGGAAGAGGAGGUGGAGGAAGAACUGGCGUCUGUCCAGGUGUCGGAAAAAGAGUUCAACUUCCUGGAUUAUCUGAAACGGUUUGCCAGCGCCAGUGUGGUCAAGGCCUACGUCCUGCUGCUCCGGGGCUACCGGCAGAACAGCGCCCACACCAACCACUGCGUGGCCAAGAUGCUGCAUCGCAUUGCCUACGACCUCAAGAUGGAGGCGCUGCUCUUCCAGCUCUCCGUCUUCUGCAUCUUCAACCGCCUGCUCAGCGACCCCUCGGCCUCCGCCUACAAGGAGCUGGUGACCUUUGCCAAGUACGUCCUGGGCAAGUUCUUUGCCCUGGCAGCCACCAACAAGAAGGUCUAUGUGGAGUUGCUGUUCUGGAAGAGCACGGCCACCGUGCGAGAGAUGACGGAGGGCUACAGCUCACUGCAGGAAGGAGAGGGCUCUGGUGCCCAGAGGGCCCCCAAGUGGACUCCGCAGGAGGAGGAGGAGCUGCGGGAGCUGUACCUGAAAUACAAGGGAGUGGAAGGUGCGGACGUCGUCGGCAGCAUCCUCGCACACCUGCGGGCUCCCAGCCGGACCCGGAAGCAGGUCGUCAAGCAGCUGGUGCGGCUGGGGCUGGCCGAGAGCGCGAGGGAUUUCCCGCGGGAGAGGAAGGGGACGCGCCUCGUGCUGUGGACGGAGGAGCAGGAGCUGGAGCUGCAGCGGCUCUUCGAGGAGUUCCAGGGCGCAGACGAUAUUCUGGGUAACAUCAUGAAGCACCUCACGGCCAAGCGCUCCAAAGCCCGCGUCGUGGAGAAGCUGCUAAGCCUGGGGCUGGUGGCAGAGCGCAAGGAGCUGUACAAGAAACGCAAGAGGAAGCCCGGCCUGCCUGGCAUGAGCGAGGACAGAUCCCCGUGGGGUGCGGCUGGCCGGGAGGACUCUGCAGAGGAGGAAGAGGAGGAGAGCGACAGCGAGGAGGAGGCCUGGGAGGAAGGGGGCGCAGGUGACAGGGCCGCAGAGGAGCGCCAGGAGCAGGGCAGCAAGAACCAGCUGGUGCUGGAGCAGGACGUGCAGGGCCUGGCGCGCCGCCUGAGGCAGGGAGGCCUGGCUGGCUCCUUGCUGUGGCUUCAGAACUGCCUGAACCGAGCGGCCGAGGACCGGGAGGAAGAUGGCACCGCUCAGCCCGUGCCCUUGGUGCCGCUCUUGGAGGAGAAUGAGGAUGCCAUGGAGAACCAGGGGUUCCAGAAGAUGCUGCGGAAGGUCGGGGUUCGGGCCCCAGCUAACGAGCAGGAAUCCUUCUGGCGCAUCCCGGCCAAGCUGAGCCCCGAACAGCUCCGGCGCGCGGCUGCCUCCGUCGCCCAGGAGGAGCCUGAGGGGGAGGAAGGCUCCCCGUGGGGGCCGGACGCCGGCCCGGAGCAGAGAGCCCAGACCUUGCGGCUGGCCCGGAGGAAGAGAGGGGCCCCAGCCGUGCCAGAGGAGGAAACACCUGGCCCGGAGCAGCCACCAGCGUCCUCAGGGUCUGAUCUGGAGAGGGACCCUCCUGUCCAGUCGCAGCUGGGCCCUAAGCGGAGCCGUGUGAUCCACAGCGAGGACGACGAGGACCCCGAAAGCCGAGCUGCGGCGCCAGCCCAGCCGGACCCCAGCUCGGACGGGGAGGGGACACGGCCCCCCCGCCGGAGGAAGCGCCUGCGGAUCGAGGAGGAGGAUUAAAGGACACGGCCCCCCUGCUGGAGGAAGCGCCUGUGGAUCGAGGAGGAGGAUUAAAGGGGCCUGGCCAGACCCCCCCGCACGUCGCCUUGGCCUGGGCCUUGCCCCCCCU